AACAAAUUUUUUCUUUUAACUUUCUUUUUCUUCUUUAAUUGUGAGACAGUCGUAUAUCCCCGAGUUGACUCGGUAACAGACAAAUGAAAUUCCCGUUUUCCAUUUCACCAAACCAUCCAUACGGCUACGCCCAUGUCUCCUUGUUCCAUAACCAACAACCUCCUCCUUCGCAAUCUCUCAAUAUUCUUCAGAAAAUGGACCACAAAAGUGUACACAAUCGCCGCAUUCGCCUUAAUCCUCUUCCUCUCUUACGCUUUCCUCAUCCGAUCCAAUCCCGACUCUACUCUCUCUCCCUCCACCUCCACCUCCCUCCUCAUCCCCUUCACCCCUCUCACCAACUUCAAACAAAUCGGCGCACUUUGUUUGGAUGGGUCUGCUCCCGGUUACCAUUUCCAAAAGGGAUUUGGAUCCGGUUCGCGUAAUUGGUUGCUUCAUCUCGAGGGAGGAGGGUGGUGCAGUUCGAUAGCUUCCUGUUCUUAUAGGAAAACAACUGCUUUGGGGUCAUCUAAUUAUAUGGAUUCACCCGUUCUUUUUUCAGGGAUGCUAAGCUCUGUUGCUUCUCAAAAUCCUGAUUUCUUUAACUGGAACAAGGUGAAGAUACGCUACUGUGAUGGUGCAUCCUUUGCUGGUCACCCAGAAAGUGAGAAAGGAAGUGGGUUGUUCUUCAGAGGACAGAUCAUAUGGGAAACUAUUAUGAAUGAAAUCUUAUCGAUUGGCAUGUCAAAAGCAAAGCAGGCUCUGUUGACAGGAUGCUCUGCUGGAGGAUUGGCAAGUCUUAUACAUUGUGAUAAUUUCAGACAUUUACUUCCAAAAGGGGCUACUGUCAAAUGUCUCGCGGAUGCAGGCUUCUUCCUUGACGAGAAGGAUAUUCUUGGAAAUAGCACAAUGAAAUCUUUCUAUAAGGAUGUUGUCCAGCUCCAGGGUGUUGCAAAAAGUUUGCACAAAAAGUGCCUUGCUAAAAUGGAACCAUCUAAGUGUCUAUUUUCAUCAGAAAUUCUGAAAAACAUAAAGACUCCUGUUUUUCUUGUUCACCCAGCUUAUGAUUUUUGGCAGAUACACAAUAUUUUGGUACCUCAAGGAUCAGAUCCCCAUCAUCGCUGGAAAAGCUGUAGAUUGAACAUUCAAAGUUGUGAUGCUAACUUGAUGGAUACACUUAACAGUUUUCGUAGUUCUUUGCUGAGGACUGUGAACGAGUUCCAGCAGCGAAAGGAUAUUGGAAUGUUUAUAGAUUCCUGCUUUAUCCAUUGCCAGACUUUGAUCGGGGAGACUUGGUAUUCACCUAAUUCUCCAAAAAUAAACAAUAAGACAAUUGCUGAAUCCGUUGCCGAUUGGUUUUUUGACCGACAAGCGGUAAAGCUUAUUGACUGCCCUUAUCCAUGUAAUCCUACUUGCCAUAAUUUGGAUUUCACCAGAGUAUAAUAAAGCUAAGUAUCCCAAUUUUCAUUGCCUGUUAAUCAUGGAUCUGCAUUUUUCAAAAAAUCAUGGACAAAUAUCAACUUGAAUCGUCUCCUUCACUCUCCUCUUCAUCCGCUCUACCUCCAUCUUAAUCUUACUACAAGAUGGAGAGAGAUGCAGAGACAACUGAAUGAGGGAAUCCAAAUUCGACAAAAUACUUCUCAUUGAUUGUGCUGCAAGAGUUGAGUUAUUUUUUCUGAUAUAGCUAAAUUUCAAUUGCAUUUCAAAGAUACUCCGGGAGUUGCGCAAGUGGCUGUACGAAAUUAGAGUUGUUUGUUUUGUUAUUUUUGUUAUCUGCAACGACCUGCUGAGAAUAUUCAUUUAUGGUGUAAUUGGUUGUGACGAGAAAGUGAGAAGAGAGAAAAAUGUAAGAGAAUGUGAAAAGAGAGAAAGAACUGCUACAAUCAUGCUUAUACUACAGAAACUAAAUUUCAAGUUA